AUGGCAGAGACUGCAGCCCUGCCCGCAGGCUUCGGGGAACUGGAGGUGCUGGCUGUGGGGACGGUGCUGCUGGUGGAAGCUCUCUCUGGUCUCAGCCUCAAUGGCCUGACCAUCUUCUCUUUCUGCAAGACCCCGGAGCUGCGGACUCCCAACCACCUGCUGCUGCUGAGUUUGGCCGUGGCGGACAGUGGAAUCAGCCUGAAUGCCCUCAUUGCAGCCAUAUCCAGCCUCCUCCGUGUCUCCCACAGGCGCUGGCCCUAUGGCUCCGAUGGCUGCCAGGCUCACGGCUUCCAGGGCUUUGUGACAGCAUUGUCCAGCAUCUGCGGCAGCGCAGCCAUCGCCUGGGGGCGCUACCACCACUACUGCACCCGCAGCCAGCUGGCGUGGAACACGGCCAUUCCCCUGGUGCUCUUUGUGUGGCUGUCUUCUACCUUCUGGGCAGCACUCCCCCUCCUGGGCUGGGGCCACUAUGACUAUGAGCCCCUGGGAACAUGCUGCACCCUGGACUACUCCAGAGGGGACAGAAACUUCAUCAGUUUCCUCUUCACCAUGGCCUUUUUCAAUUUUUUCGUGCCUCUCUUCAUCACCCUCACAUCUUACCGGCUCAUGGAGCAGAAAUUGGCAAGGAGUGGCCAUCUCCAGGUGAACACCACUCUGCCAGUCAGGCUGCUGCUGCUCGGCUGGGGCCCCUAUGCCCUCCUGUAUAUAUUUGCAGCCAUCAUGGAUGUGAGCUCCCUCUCCCCCAAACUUCGAAUGGUGCCUGCCCUCGUUGCCAAAAUGAUGCCCACAAUCAAUGCCAUCAACUAUGCCCUGCGUGGCGAGAUGUUCUCUGGGGGAAUAUGGCAGUGCCUGUCACCACAGAAGAGCAAGCAAGACAGAGCCCAGUGA